AUGAUAUUUUCUCUUUAUAUUAUUAAUAAAGCGGGAGGACUUAUUUAUCAAAAGGAUUUUAAUGAAGGACUUUUGAGACUAGGUUCAAAUGAUUAUUUACUUCUUGCAGGGAUUUUUCAUGGAAUACAUGCCAUUACAGCUAAAGUAUCACCAUUAGCAGGUUUAGGUGGACUUGAACUAUUAGAGGCCCAAACAUUUCAUUUGCAAUGUUUUCAGACGCUUACAGGAAUUAAGUUUUUGUUGAUUACAGAACCUCAACAACCUAACGUAGAUGCACUGAUGCGAAGAAUAUAUGAGCUUUAUGCAGAUUAUGUUAUGAAAAACCCUUUUUACAAAAUGGAAAUGCCAAUUAGAUGUGAACUUUUUGAUAUAAAUGUAACAGCAGUACUUGAAUCUAUUUUAUAA